ACAGUCGGCGCGCCGUGGAGCGGUGAUGCCGCCGUCAGAGCGCUCUCUCUGCGGAUCCACGCGAGGAGGCGUCACGCCGUGAGAGCGGAACAUCCAGCGAGCCACACGAAAACCGCACUUUGUGGAAGAAAAGUGAGCCCGCCAGCAUGCGGGUCCCUUCCAGCCUGUUGUACCCGGUGCUGUCUCUCACCAUCUUCGGAUUAUGUCCGUCCAUGACUAUUGGCCCAAAGGAAGGCUGGCAGGUGUACAGCUCUGCCCAGGAUGCAGAUGGACGCUGCAUCUGUACAGUGGUGGCUCCAGAACAGAACCUGUGCUCCAGAGACGCCAAAAGCAAGCAGCUUCGCCAACUUCUUGAAAAGGUGCAAAACAUGUCUCAGUCCAUCGAGGUGUUGAACCUGCGAACGCAAAGAGAUUUUCAAUAUGUUAUGAAGAUGGAGAACCAAAUGAAAGGCCUGAGGACAAAGUUCCGGCAGGUUGAAGACGAACGAAAAUCCAUAAUCUCCAAGAACUAUCAGGAGCUGAAGGACAAGAUGGACGAGCUGAAGCCUCUGAUCCCUGUCCUGGAGCAGUACAAAAUGGAUGCUGCGCUCAUCUCCCAGUUCAAGGAGGAGAUCAAGAACCUGUCUGUGGUUCUGACAGGUAUUCAAGAGGAACUGGGAGCCUAUGACUACGAUGAGCUCUACCAGCGUGUCCUGAGACUGGACACGAGGCUGCGCAGCUGCAUGGGCAAACUCACGUGUGGCAAAUUAAUGAAAAUCACUGGACCUGUUACAAUAAAGACAUCUGGAACCCGGUUUGGGGCAUGGAUGACUGACCCCCUUGCAUCAACCAGAAACAACAGGGUUUGGUAUAUGGACAGCUACACCAACAGCAAGAUUGUGCGCGAGUACAAGACGAUGGAAGACUUUGUAGCCGGAGUGGUUUCUCGAACCUACAGCCUCCCGUACAAAUGGGAAGGAACCAAUCACAUUGUCUACAAUGGUUCGCUUUAUUACAACAAGUACCAGAGCAACAUAAUUGUGAAAUACAGCUUUGACUUGGGCACUGUUCUGGCACAGCGAGCUUUGGAAUAUGCCGGUUUCCACAAUAUGUACCCGUAUACUUGGGGAGGUUAUUCUGACAUUGAUGUCAUGGCUGACGAAAUGGGACUUUGGGUCGUGUACGCAACAAACCAAAAUGCAGGAAAUGUGGUCAUCUCCCAGAUAGACCCAGACACCCUCCAGGUCUUGAACACUUGGAACACAGAAUACUCCAAAAGGAAUGCUGGGGAAUCCUUCAUGAUCUGUGGGACACUCUACAUCACCAACUCUCACUUCUCAGGAGCAAAGGUUUACUACGCCUACUCCACGAAAACAUCAACUUAUGAAUACAUCGACAUUCCUUUCCACAACCAGUACUUUCACAUCUCUAUGCUUGACUAUAACGCCAGAGACAGAGCACUGUACGCCUGGAAUAACGGACACCAGGUAAUCUUCAAUGUGACGCUUUUUCAUGUCAUAAAAACUGAUGACGACUCCUAAAACAAAAUGGAGACUUCUUAAUCAACCAUGAACACGGCGUCAUUUGUGAUCUGAGGGCCAACUAGUUACCUGCGCUUUCUCCAGUCCAAUGUGGAGUUUGAUAUACCAAUGCUACGUUCAUACUGGUUCAGAAACGCGCAUUCAAGCGACCACUUUCAAUUAAAAGUCUAUGUAAACGCAUGUGUGUGUAUCAGGCUUCAACAAUAAUUUAUCUCGUGUUAACGCUACACAAGUUUCCAGGCUCCACGCACAAAACGUGCGCCCAUUGAACGCGCAUCAAAAGUCAAGCCAGUUAAACUUUGACCAAUCAGUAACUUGGAUUUGGUCGUGAAACAUAAAUAGUGUCUUUUUUAAAACAUGGAAGUGACAACUAUUUCAAAAUUAAUCAUAGAAGAGAAAUUAUUGAUUGCGGGUUUAUGCCUGGCUGGAAUUGUACGACACCAAGUCGUUUAUAUUUCGGAAAAGCUUGGAGCAGGAUUCACAAGAUUUGUACUGCUUCAACAUUUCACACCAAGCCUCUUUCAACUGCAGAUACGUUCACCAGUAUCAGGUAGCGACAGUGCAGUGUGAACACGGUACGCUAAAGACACUUUCAAGAAUGCGCAGUAUGUACGUAGCGUUACAUGCAGACCUUAAACUUUUUCAACCAGUGGUUCUGUAUUUAUGAAUAUCGCAUGGACACAAAAAUGCCUUUACCCCGAAAGUUAUACCUUUUUAAUACGCCACCAUUGCUGCUGAUUAAAUAAGCAUUUUUUUGCAUUUUUUUGUGUUGGGUUUUGCCAGCCGCUUGUGCAUGAAUGUCCAUAUCUUGUCGAUUUGCUAUAUUCUAGUUGUUUUGUUACAAAUUUGCCAGAGGCUUAAAGUGUUUGUUUUUAUGGUCUAAUUAUAGGUCUAUCUAAACCUGGAGCGCAAUCGGCAGAAUGUUCACCACAGUGUAUAUAGUUGCCAUUCUUUUUAAUGGCUCUGUAAUUUAUUGCUGUUAUAAAGUCUCUGUGAAAAGAUCAUAUUUGUAUUUUUAUAAACAAGACCAUAAAAUAGUGUCUGUUCAUUUUCAUUACAAUUAAACAUUGUAUAUUUCCUUCAAAUCGUACUGAUUUGUACCUAUAUGUUG